CACCGUCGCCGAAGUCAGUUUCUAACAAUGCGCCGAACACUCCUCGCCCUUAUUUCCGCAUUCGUAUUCGCCUGGUGCCGCGGCACUUGUCCCGACGUGGAUCCUCAGGCCCAUCUCGACGUGGACAAGCUUUUAGGCCAUUGGUUUAUCGUCCAGAAGACCGGCGCCCAUCACCCGUGCCUCACCUUCAACCUCACCGCGAACAUCGAAACGGGCGCGUACAGGAUAAUUGAGACGACGCAGACGAGCAAGAUCGUCAACGCGCUCGGUUUACAGCACGAGCGCCACUCCCGAGGCAAACUUACCCUGUCGGAUUCCGGAGCGCCCGGAGUUAUGGAUCUUAAUCUUCCGCUCAGACUGAGAACCUUCAAGUUAACAAUUUUCGCGACGGACUACGACAACUACCUCGCGUUCGUGACGUGCAAAAAGGGUUUCGCCUUCACCAAUAAGCCCCAGGUGACGAUAGCGUCGAGGACGCCGAGCCUCGAGUCUCACCACCUCGAACCCAUCUACGCGAAUCUUCUGAAGUACAGCAUCAACCCGUACGUGAUCGAAACCGUGAAGCAGUUCGAAUGCGCCGAGCCCGGGAAGAAGGGGGUCAUUGUUAAGGCGGCUUCGGAUGUGGUCGGCGCCGUGAGAGGUGCGUUUGGGAGUAUCGCGGGCGUCUUUUCGCCCGGGAAGAAGGUUUCGGACGAUUUGGAUCCAGAGGUGACUGGCGAGUACGAGAUAGACGUACGAGCGGGUGUCUCGCAAUGAGUUUAGAGUAGGAUGAAUAAUUUAUUAUUACCGAAAUAAAUAAAGGAUUUUUCUACGAAG